AUGCCCUCUUCAUUCAUUCUACACCUGCACAACCACGGCCACAACAUCACACGUACAAUACCACACCCACGGCAUUCCAUUCCACACGUGCAACAUCACGCAAACACCACCGACCCCACACGUGCACACCACAUAAGCCACACUGGUCCACACGUGCACCAUUACGUCCAUACCACACUGGUCCACACGUGCACCAUCACGCCCAUACCACACUGGUCCACACGUGCACCAUCACAUCCAUACCACACCAGUCCACAUGUGCACCAUCACGCCCAUACCACACCACACGUGCACCAUCACGCCCAUACCACUCCACACGUGCACCAUCACGCCCAUACCACACUGGUCCACACGUGCACCAUCACGCCCAUACCACACUGGUCCACACGUGCACCAUCACGCCCAUACCACACUGGUCCACACGUGCACCAUCACACCCAUACCACACUGGUCCACACGUGCACCAUCACGCCCAUACCACUCAACACGUGCACCAUCACGCCCAUACCACUCCACACGUGCACCAUCACGCCCAUACCACUCCACACGUGCACCAUCACGCCCAUACCACACCAGUCCACACGUGCAUCAUCACACCCAUCCCACACCAGUCCACAUGUGCACCAUCACACCCAUACAACACCAGUCCACACGUGCACCAUCACGCCCAUACCACUCCACACGUGCACCAUCACGCCCAUACCACUCAACACGUGCACCAUCACGCCCAUACCACUCAACACGUGCACCAUCACGCCCAUACCACUCAACACGUGCACCAUCACGCCCAUACCACUCCACACGUGCACCAUCACGCCCAUACCACACUGGUCCACACGUGCACCAUCACGCCCAUACCACACUGGUCCACACGUGCACCAUCACGCCCAUACCACUCCACACGUGCACCAUCACACCCACUCCACAUGUGCACACCACACCCACGUUACUCUGGUCCACACGUGCACCAUUACGCCCACAUCACUCCACAUGUGCACACCACACCCACACUAA